ACCACAAAGCAGACAUCUUGUGAAUUUUUCAUGUCAACUGUCAACAAUUUUUAGAGAAAAAAGGGUGUGAUUUCGCGCUGUAGCUUUUCGCAACUUAAAUUACUCAACAAAAUUAAUUCAGUUCCUCAAAAUUUCCGCAAAAUCCAUCACCAUAGGCUUAUCGGAAACUGCCGUUAUGGAUCUGAUUGCUACAAAUUUACAACAACAGCGGUCCAUCGUCGAUCAGCUUAGACGCGAAGCUUCCAGUCAACGCUUACCAGUGUCUCAAGCCUGUGCCGACAUAGUUAAAUACGUGACGGAGCACGAACAGGAGGAUUGCUUGCUGGUUGGUUUUUCCAGUCAGAAAGUGAAUCCCUUCCGCGAGAAGAGUUCAUGUACCGUUCUAUAAUCGGAGUGCGUCAUUCAUUCAGUUUCAAAUACCAACAAUGUUAGUGAUAGAGCAUGGAUGUUUUAUGUAUAUGUCUUUGUUUUUUGGGGGGGCGCCCGUCCGAUGGGGCAGAUGUAAUUUAUUCAGUUCACUUUCCAUUUUAAUUUCGUUCAUUUCUCUCUCUCUGUUCAUUUGAAUCCAACUAACAAAAAUUUUCAAAUUUAGUGGAAACUGAGGGAUUUCUUUCUUCUGAUUGAUGUUGCUUAUAUAAAAAAAACCGAACACAGAUAAAUAUAGAACUUAGCCAGUGGUUAAAAUGGAAAUUAGAUUUAUUGUCAUAUAUGUAAUGAACCUUCAGUCUGUCAUUAUGAUGUUUAGAGCGAUUUGGAACGGAAUUUAGUGCGAAGGAAAAAAGUUUAAUUUGAAAACAAA